AUGGAAAUGUUUGUAGAGGGUGCCAUUCGUCACAACUCGGUCGAUUCUGUUGAUACCGGAAUCGACCGAGGUUUGUCGAAUAUAGAGUGUGCGUUUGCUAAAUUUAGUGCGUAUAGAUCUAUGUUCCCGAGAGAUCCCAGGGAAAAGGGUCUAAAAGCAAGCCCGGGAGAUCCUAGGAAAGAAAAUCUAAAACCAAGACCGAGAGAUCCUCGGGAAGAAAAUCUAAAACCAAGCCCGAGAGAUCCUCGGAAAGAAAGUCUAAAACCAAGCCCGAGAGACCCUCGGGAAGAAAGUGUAAAACCAAGCCCGAGAGAUCCUAGGGAAGAAAAUCUAAAACCAAGCCCGAGAGAUCAUAGAGAAGAAAGUCUAAAACCAAGCCCGAGAGAUCCCAGGGAAAAGGGUCUAAAAGCAAGCCCGAGAGAUCCUAGGGAAGACAAUCUAAAACCAAGCCCGAGAGAUCCUCAGGAAGAAAGUCUUAAACCAAGCCCGAGAGAUCCUAGGGAAGAAAGUCUAAAACCAAGCCCGAGAGCUCCUAGAGAAGAAAGUCUAAAACCAAGCCCGAGAGAUCCCAGGGAAAAGGGUCUAAAACCAAGCCCGAGAGAUCCUAGGAAAGAAAAUCUAAAACCAAGCCCGAGAGAUCCUCGGGAAGAAAGUCUAAAACCAAGCCCGAGAGAUCCUAGGGAAGAAAGUCUAAAACCAAGCCCGAGAGAUCCCAAGGAAAAGGGUCUAAAACCAAGCGCGAGAGAUCCUAGGAAAGAAAAUCUAAAACCAAGCCCGAGAGAUCCUAGGAAAGAAAAUCUAAAACCAAGCCCGAGAGAUCCUCGGGAAGAAAGUCUAAAACCAAGCCCGAGAGAUCCUAGGGAAGAAAGUCUAAAACCAAGCCCGAGAGAUCCCAAGGAAAAGGGUCUAAAACCAAGUCCGAGAGAUCCCAGGGAAAAGGAUCUAAAACCAAGCGCGAGAGAUCCUAGGGAAGAAAAUCUAAAACCAAGCCCAAGAGAUCCUCGGGAAGAAAGUCUAAAACCAAGUCCGAGAGAUCCUUGGGAAGAAAGUCUAAAACCAAGCCCGAGAGAUCUUAGGGAAGAAAGUCUAAAAUCAAGCCCGAGAGAUCCUAGGGAAGAAAGUCUAAAACCAAGCCCAAGAGAUCCCAGGGAAGAAAGUCCGAGAGAUCUCAGGAAAAAAAACCCGAGAGAUCUUAGGGAAGAAAGUCUAAAAACCAAGCCGAGAGAUCCCAGGGAAAAGGGUCUAAAAGCAAGCCCGGGAGAUCCUAGGAAAGAAAAUCUAAAACCAAGACCGAGAGAUCCUCGGGAAGAAAAUCUAAAACCAAGCCCGAGAGAUCCUCGGAAAGAAAGUCUAAAACCAAGCCCGAGAGACCCUCGGAAAGAAAGUCUAAAACCAAGCCCGAGAGACCCUCGGGAAGAAAGUGUAAAACCAAGCCCGAGAGAUCCUAGGGAAGAAAAUCUAAAACCAAGCCCGAGAGAUCCUCGGAAAGAAAGUCUAAAACCAAGCCCGAGAGACCCUCGGGAAGAAAGUGUAAAACCAAGCCCGAGAGAUCCUAGGGAAGAAAAUCUAAAACCAAGCCCGAGAGAUCAUAGAGAAGAAAGUCUAAAACCAAGCCCGAGAGAUCCCAGGGAAAAGGGUCUAAAAGCAAGCCCGAGAGAUCCUAGGGAAGACAAUCUAAAACCAAGCCCGAGAGAUCCUCAGGAAGAAAGUCUUAAACCAAGCCCGAGAGAUCCUCGGGAAGAAAGUCUAAAACCAAGCCCGAGAGCUCCUAGAGAAGAAAGUCUAAAACCAAGCCCGAGAGAUCCCAGGGAAAAGGGUCUAAAACCAAGCCCGAGAGAUCCUAGGAAAGAAAAUCUAAAACCAAGCGCGAGAGAUCCUCGGGAAGAAAGUCUAAAACCAAGCCCGAGAGAUCCUAGGGAAGAAAGUCUAAAACCAAGCCCGAGAGAUCCCAAGGAAAAGGGUCUAAAACCAAGUCCGAGAGAUCCCAGGGAAAAGGGUCUAAAACCAAGCGCGAGAGAUCCUAGGAAAGAAAAUCUAAAACCAAGCCCGAGAGAUCCUCGGGAAGAAAGUCUAAAACCAAGCCCGAGAGAUCCUAGGGAAGAAAGUCUAAAACCAAGCCCGAGAGAUCCCAAGGAAAAGGGUCUAAAACCAAGUCCGAGAGAUCCCAGGGAAAAGGAUCUAAAACCAAGCGCGAGAGAUCCUAGGGAAGAAAAUCUAAAACCAAGCCCAAGAGAUCCUCGGGAAGAAAGUCUAAAACCAAGUCCGAGAGAUCCUUGGGAAGAAAGUCUAAAACCAAGCCCGAGAGAUCUUAGGGAAGAAAGUCUAAAAUCAAGCCCGAGAGAUCCUAGGGAAGAAAGCUCUGUCCCGCAACUUAAUGCCCGAAUCCUUUACCUUUUUGUCUUACUACCAAGUUUCAUCGCUCUAGCAGCACUUGUUCACAGUUAG